GUGAACAAAUGAAAUCAUUCAUUGCCUUGUUCGCCCUCAUCUGCUUCGCCGCCAUUGUAUCGAAAUCCACAAAUGCAUCUCCAGUUCAAGAUUCUGCUGAAUCCAAGGAUAUUUGUUGUUUCGGUUGCGUCAAUUGCAAGACUGAACUCAACGAAAAUAAGGACAUUUGUUGCGACGUCUGCUACAUUUGCAAGGAUCAUGAAGGAGUUCAUCAGUCCGAUGAAUCUAAAAUGUUCCUGGCUCGCAUU